AUGGCAUGCGCAAUACUUCUGGCAUUGAACCCUGAAAUGAGUAUGUUUGAGGAGAAGUAUAGCUUUAUCGAGCUCUUUGCUGGGGAAGCGUGGGUGACCCGCUGCAUGAAGUUUCAUGGACACAGUGCUGCGGCAUUGAAUCUAUUGUAUGGUGACCCACAGCCAAACAAACAAAAUGCAAUGGAUCUACUUUCUGAUGCUGGGUUUGGGCUGGCGCUGAUGACCAUAUUCAAUGGCAAAAUGGGGGCCUUCUUGUGUGUGAUGGGGCUGAUAUGCUCAAGCUUUGUGAGCAUAUCAGCUGGAACUCAUUGCCGAACUCCCCAUGCAACAUGGGGACGAACAGAUGUACCAAUGGUGGCUUGUGGAAAUAUGCUUGCUAGCCGGACAGUGCUGCUGAUCUAUGCCGUCGCUGCAAUGGACGGAGCCUGGGUCUUGGAGCAGCCCAGGUCAUCGGCAUUGCCUUGGCAUCCGAGAAUCGGCCAAUUGUGGAGAUCUUUACCCAAGGUCUACCAAGCACUUUGGUGGAUGGGGCAUUAUGGGAGCUUGACGAUGAAGCGUCACAUCGCUUGGUCAAAUUGUCGAACUGUCAAAUGCUUUGACCUUGGUGUGAUGUGCAAGGCUUAUCAACAGAAACAUUUCCGUCAUGGGGCAAAGUCAGCCCGAACUUACACGAACAAAAAAGGCAAACCUGCUUACCAUGGAACCAAAUACUUGAAGGGGACACAGACAUAUCCGCCAAAAUUUGGAAUGAAAGUGGCCCGUUUGCAUGGACGUUUUUGCUCCAAAAAGGAAGCCCUUCCAAAGUCAGCCUUUUCGGAACCAGUUGGUGAUGGCUUGAAGCUUUUCAGCCAGCUGGAAUGGGGGGACUGGUGGGAAUGCGCCAACAUGAAAUCGGUUUUCCUGUACCUCUGCGGUAGCAACGAUUUGGAACUUGGAGAGUGGAGGGAUCUAUUCCCCACUCAUGUUUAG